AUCACGCGGAAGGUUGAGUCGAACAGAAAGUCACCUCGUCGUGUCGGUCAGGGGGAAACUAUUGACAGCUAGCAGUAGCGGUAGCUUCUGCCGGGGGAAGGUCGACAGUAGGACAACAGCAUCCUGCUUUAACCCUGAACUUUCCCGUCUCAUAUUUAAAUCCCAUUAAGAACCGUUUAGCUACUGUUCUGCGGCUGUUGCACGCAGAUAAACAACAAGCUAACAGUUUAUAGCAAGCUAGCUUCUGUAGUCUGAAAAAUCUAGAGUCAUGGCUGCGCUCAGAGCUUCCUACCACAGGAUUCUGGACCGGAUCGAGCACAUACUGCCCGCCAAACUGCGACCUCUCUACAACCACCCGGCAGGUCCAAAAACAGUUUUUUUCUGGGCCCCGGUGUUUAAAUGGAGCCUGGUCUUUGCUGGUUUGGCUGAUAUGACUCGACCAGCAGACAAACUCAGUACCUCGCAGUCCGCGGUGCUGACAGCCACAGGGCUCAUCUGGUCCAGAUAUUCGCUGGUUAUAAUCCCCAAGAACUGGAACCUUUUUGCUGUGAACUUCUUUGUCGGGAGUGCAGGAGUGUCCCAGCUUUACAGGAUCUGGAGUUACAAGCAGGAGCAGAAGGAAACGGCCAAGGAGGCAGCUGAGUCCUGAGGAUAUUCUCGCCGUGAUGCUGAUGACACAAAGGGAGACUUUUACGUCAUCUCUCGACCAUCCCAUACUGUUUCCAUAACACCCAUGCCAUAACCAGAUUUGACCACAUUAAGCCUGGUGUCCAUGUAGGAAAUAGGCACUUUUCCCCACAAGUUUCACCUUUUCUCAGGGUGUUUAAAACAAUAAACGAACUUUUUUUCCCCAACUAGUUAACACGUUCAAGAACCGUGGUCAUCAACGCACAAGUUCUUCUUGUUCAUCAAGUUUAAUGAUUGUACAGUGUCUGAUUUAACGCGUCAUGCUUCACAUCUUGUGCACUAGUUGGGGGGUUUUGCUUUUAUUUUUCAACUGACAUCUUUCAGAUGUAGCAACCAGUACCUCAAGCAAGUUUCCCAACCCACACCAAACUGUUGGAUCUGAAUUUAAGAAGGAUUUCAUCGCAUAUUUGUAAUUUAUCUAUAAUUGGCGGCCAGGUAUCUGUAAGUCAGCGGUUAUUAAAUUAUUGAUCACUGUGUAAAGAUCUUACUUUCACGUUUUCAUCGGUUUUGGAACAAACCCUGAGUUUUUGAUAGAAAGGUGUAGGAAAUGAUUUAACGUGUGCAGCUUUGCGAGCCAACGAGCAAACCCCGAUUUAGACUCUGACGGCUCGUUUUAGACGUCCUCCUAAGAGCCUUGAUCUUUUAAAUGUUUUAUUUUUUUCCCAAUUGACACGAUCAAAUUGUAUUUAUGCAGUAACUCCCUAAUUUAGCAAUAAUUGGUGUAAUUAAUCUGCUGACUGUUCAAAGAUAUUUUAUGGAUGAUUAUUAACUGUAAUGAAAUAUGUACUGGUAAUGAUGAUGUAUUAAUAAAUCAGACUAAACACUG